CCAAUCCAAUUGACUUACAAAUUACAUCUACACAAACAACCCCCCUCAUUUUCAAUUUGAACAAUUUGAAUAUGAAUUAUUCUUCGUAAUCCAUACUCAGAACGUUGUUUAAUCUUCUCCAAUCAAGAUGUCUAAGGCAGCUAGCAGACGGAAUAAACUCGCUGAGCUGAAAGCUCUGCGGGCUGCUGGCAAAAAGGCCUACGACACUUAUGAGCUCCAAGACGAAGGAGAUCUAUACGAGGAAGUUGACGAAAACCAAUAUAAAAAAAUUGUCCGUGAUCGUCUAAACCAAGAUGACUUCGUCGUCGACGACAAUGGGGAAGGUUAUGCCGACGAUGGUCGAGAAGAUUGGGACCGAGUACAUACUUAUGAAUCCGAGAGCGAGGACGAAGUGUUACUUGGAGGAAAGCCUCGCAAGUCAGACAAGAAGAAACGUGACGAAGAAAAGGCAAAGCGAGACGCGAACGAUCGUGACAUAAGCGAGUUCUUUAGGAAAGGCCAAGGUGCUGCUCAACCGAAGCCAAAGGUCGUGAAAACCGAAGACGAUGAAAGAUUCCUGUCGAAUCUACUUGGUGACAUCGAUUCAAACAUACCUACCCCUAUCCCGCGAGCCCCGAAGCGACACAGAUCUCCUGAACGACGUAGAGCCCGUGUUCUGUCGCCUGUCCGAGAGAGUCGCCAACCAGCCACCAAGAAAGCAAGGCUUAGUGAGGAACGAGUAUUACCGACACCGCAAGCAGAAGCUGCUCCUAUCGACGAUGAUGACUUCCUCCCGCCCAUGGACGACGACGAUCUUUCGCUGCCGGUUCCUGAUAUACUUAUGAGCGAAAGUGGUCCGGCCCCCUCAUCUCCCACGGCGGCAGCCGUAGCACGCAAGGCUCAAGUUAAGAUCGAGCCUGUGGAUGAGGAUGAAGAGAUGAUGGAAGUUUCUCAUGCUGGAGCAGUCAACGCUGGCAGUGUAAACUUGUCUGCCUCUCGGCCUAUCAAGAAGCUAGUCAAACCUGAUCCGUACCCUUCUCCCGCCAGCUCGUCUCCAGUCAAAGCCAACGAGGCUGCUGUUGAUUCGUCGUCAUGGAAUGAUCUCACAAGUAAACUGAAUGUUGUGAGCAGUCCGGUUACCAACAGCAGAGUUGUUGGCAAGGUGGACUACAAGGAUGCCAUUGAGGAAGACGGCAGUCUCAACAUGUUCUGGAUAGACUACGUGGAGGUCAAUGGCUCGCUUUGUUUGUUUGGUAAGGUGCUAAACAAGAAAACGAACUCCUACGCAAGUUGCUUCGUCAAAGUUGACAACAUCUUGAGGAAGCUAUACUUUCUGCCUCGCAAGUAUCGCCAAAAAGGCGGACAAGAUACGAAUGAGGAAGUAGAAAUGAUGGACGUAUAUGCAGAAGUUGAUGAGUUUAUGACGAAAAUGAAAGUCGACAUGCACAAAAUAAAGCCUUGUACUAGGAAAUAUGCUUUCGAGCUCCCUGACAUUCCAAAGGAAGGGCAGUAUCUAAAGCUUCUAUACCCCUAUACGAAGCCUCAAAUCCCCUCAGAGAGCAAAGGAGAGACCUUUUCUCACGUGUUCGGUUCCAACACUGCAUUAUUCGAACAGUUUGUGUUGUGGAAGAACAUUAUGGGCCCUUGCUGGCUCAAGAUAAGAAAUGCCGACUUCAGUACUUUGAAGAAUGCUUCUUAUGCUAAACUCGAUGUCCUCAUCCAUGACCCCGACACUAUAUCUUCCAUGAGCGACACUGAUAACUUGGACGCACCCCCUCUCACGCUCAUGAGUCUAGCUUUGCGAACCACGUUCAACGCAAAAGACAACAAACAAGAGAUUCUUGCGAUAAGCGCCCGUAUUUAUGACAAUGUUUUACUCAGCGACACUACACCUGCAGAGAAGCUUUCUUCAAGGACGUUCACGAUAAUGAGACCGAAUGGACCUGCGUUCCCGAUAGGCUUCGAGAAGCUGGCUUCAGAACGAAAGAAAGCAUUUACCAAAUUAUUUAAACAAGAGGGAGAUAUCUUGUCCUUCUUUUUAGCUCAAGUUGACCUUGCUGACCCCGAUGUAAUUCUUGGACAUCAACUCGAAGGUGUUGAUUACAGCGUCCUGGUGAAUCGACUACACGAGAGAAAGACCCCUCAAUGGUCGCGACUUGGGCGAUUACGCAGAGCCCAAUGGCCAACCUCGAUAGGGAAGACAGGCGGCAAUGUAUUUGCAGAACGUCAGCUCAUGGCUGGCCGUCUCUUAUGUGACCUUGCCAAUGACGCUGGAAAGUCUGUUAUGUACAAGUGCCAGUCUUGGAGCUUGACAGAAAUGUGCAACAUCUACCUCGGCGGAGAUACUCGCCGACGAGAUUUUGAUAAUGAUGUUGCACUAAAGACAUGGGCGACAGAAAAGAAGGGUCUAAUGGACUACGUAACACAUAUGGAAGCGGACACAUAUUUCGUGGCUGCGUUGGCCUUGGGUACCCAGAUGCUACCUUUAACGAAAGUCCUGACAAACUUGGCAGGAAACUCUUGGGCUCGAACGCUGACCGGCACUCGAGCUGAACGAAACGAGUACAUUUUACUUCACGAGUUCCAUCGCAACAAGUAUAUCUGCCCCGACAAGCAAUUUUUCAAAGGCCGAUCCAAGGUUGAGGAGGACAAUAACGAGGAUACUGCGGAAAGCAAAAAGAAGGAUAAAUAUAAAGGUGGUCUAGUCUUUGAGCCGGAAAGGGGUCUAUAUGAUAAGUUUGUGCUUGUCAUGGACUUCAACUCUCUAUAUCCUUCUAUUAUUCAGGAGUUCAACAUCUGCUUCACCACAGUUGAGCGCAGCUCAUUAUCUAAUGAUGAAGACUCAGUACCAGAGGUUCCGACGCAGCAAGACCAAGGCAUAUUGCCAAGACUUAUCGCCACCCUCGUUAGCCGACGACGAGCAGUCAAGUCGCUCAUGAAGGACAAGAGUGCUACACCGGAACAGCUCGCUACAUGGGAUAUCAAACAGCUUGCUUUGAAACUAACAGCCAAUUCUAUGUACGGAUGCUUGGGAUACGACAGAUCUCGUUUCUACGCCAGACCCCUUGCCGUUCUCACAACCUACAAAGGUCGUGAGAUUCUCCGCAGUACCAAAGAACUGGCAGAGUCGAAAGCUCUCCAAGUUAUUUACGGUGAUACUGAUUCCGUCAUGAUCAACGCCAACGUAGACUCGGUUGCGGACGCACUCAAAGUCGGACAGGAUUUCAAAAAGGCCGUCAAUGAGCGAUAUCGCCUAUUGGAGAUCGAUAUUGAUAACGUCUUCCGACGUAUCUUGCUACAAGCCAAGAAGAAGUAUGCUGCCAUCAACCUUGUGGAAGUACCUGGUGGCAAGUUCGUUGAGAAGAUGGAGGUCAAAGGUCUUGAUAUGAAGCGCAGGGAAUACUGUGCCCUAUCAAAAGAGAUCUCGUCUCGCAUCCUUAAUGAGAUCCUAUCUGGUGAUGAGACCGAGGUCUCCGUCCAGCGCAUACAUGAGUAUUUGCGCGAGAUAUCAGGCAAGAUGCGAGAACACACAAUCCCCGUCCAAAAAUACAUCAUAUAUACACAACUAGGCAAGGCACCGAAGGAAUAUCCAAACGCAGAUUCUAUGCCCCAAGUCCAGGUCGCUCUUCGAGAAAUUGCACGAGGCAAGAAUGUCCGUCGCGGCGACGUCAUAUCGUACAUCGUCACCGGAGAUAGUAGUACAACAUCAGAACCCGUCGCCAAGCGGUCAUACACACCACAAGAUGUGAUGAAGACCGACUCCGGCCUUAAGGCAGAUAUCGAGUGGUAUAUCGGCAAGCAGAUUUUCCCGCCUGUCGAGCGUCUAUGCGCCAACAUCACCGGAACAUCUACCACACAGCUCGCUGAACAACUCGGCCUCGACGUGCGCCGCUAUGCGAACAAUUCAUCUUUCAACCAGUCGAGUUCCACCGAUCUCGAGAUCCACCCUCUAGAAUCACAAAUCCCCGACGAGAUCCGCUUCCGCGACUGCGCGCGCCUGUCACUGCGCUGCCGCAAAUGCAAAGCCUCAGCCCCCUUCGAAGGUCUCCUAUCCCUGGAACAACUAGAAACCCGCAUCACGCCCCAAGGGAUAACAUGCCCUUCAUGCUCAGCACCAAUCCCCAACCUCAGCAUCGUAGCACAAGUAGAGCACGCAAUCCGUACAUCAACGGCAAGGUACUACGAAGGCUGGCUCGUCUGCGACGACUCAUCCUGCGGCAACCGCACGCGGCAGAUGUCCGUGUACGGCACACGGUGUCUCGGGCCGAACGGCCUCGCAUCAGGCUGCCUCGGGCACAUGCGCUACGAGUACGGCGAGCGCGACAUGUACAACCAACUCGUCUACUUCGCCUCCCUCUUCGACGUCGACAAGGCCCGCGCCAAAGCCGCCUCCGGAACCACCGGUCUCGGCGGGAAAGGGAACGGAGGAAGUCUAGACGCGGAGGAGAAGGCGAGGGUUAAUGCGCUGGCGGAACAUAACCGGAUUAGGUUUACGACGGUUAAGGGCGUGGUGGAUAAGUACCUCGAUAAGUGCGGCCGCCAGUGGGUUGCGAUGGAUACGCUGUUUGGGAAGUUGGGGUUCGUGGCUCCGGCUUCUGCUGCGUGAUGGGUGGAUGAGCUAGAGUGGGUAUGUAUGUGCCUGGUAAUGAGGGGUUGGAAGCGGGAUGGGUUGAGUGGGUAUUUCAGUUGCGGGAUUUUUAUCUAUCAUGGCGAUGGGCGUUUCGGAUGAGGGUGCGGAUGCGGGAGAGUUACACAAGUAUAUAGGUAGUGGUUGUGGUUGUUGAGUAGGUAGUCUACAUACAUACAUCGUCGAGUAGAGCAAGGCACGGGUUUCGUGCUUUCGUCUAAUGAAC